AUGUUGAAAUAUACAAUCUUUACAAUUUUCGCUUACUUAACUAUUUCAGUCGGUCAAUAUAACUGGUUCCUAGAUCCUUCCCCAUGCUCAAAGCCAUUGUUAGUAAAUGUUACUUACUCAAAUGGAGUGUAUUCCUCUUUCAAAGCCUCCGAUGCUACAACGACAUAUUUGACAAAUGUCACUGUUAACUCGGACGCCACAUUCAAUGGAUUUGCUGCUCUUUACAAUGGUACUCCUAAACGUAUUAUCGGUUACACCACCAUCAAAGGUGUACUCAGAAACCCAUUCAACUUAAUCAUUAUCUACAAUCCAGCACCCUCAUUACAUUUCCCAGGAUCCACAGAUUACUAUAACCUAGUGUCUUGUUCAAAAUCUUGA